CCAAAAUUCAGAUAUGGGUAAUUAAUUAAAAAUGUUAAGUACUUUGCUUCCAGUUUCUUGUGUGUGUGUGUAUUAUUGUAUGUAUGUGUAUAUGUAUGUGUAUGUAUGUAUGUGUGUGUGUGUGUGUGUGUGUGUGUAUUCCCUUCUUUUGUCCAUAACAUGUCAUUUAGUUCAUACAGUGUCACCUUCCACAAGUGAAAGUGAGCUCAACAGUCAAGGCAGUGAAAAUGAGAGACUGCAAGAAAGUCCAUCACAUCAAAGAAUGCUGAGUGCAGUGCCUUCAUCACAGAGGGAAAGUGAGGCCAGAAGGCAGGAGACAGAGAGCAGCACUCAAGAAACUGAAAGUCAGGGCCAGGCAGAGGACCUGAGACAAGUGUUUCCUUAUAAUGUGGCAGACUUUGUCCCUGUUUUUCUGGAGGAAGAUGAGGCUCUUGAAGAGGCUAUUCAGCGUAGUCUACUAGAAGAGUUUGAUGGACCUGCUGUUAAUACUUUAAAGUCAUCUGAAAUGCUGAGCAAAGAAGAAAUUGCAGGUCUUCUACAAGCUCAUAGUGAGGCAGUUAUUACAUCGGGAACAAGACAGAUCUAUAUCAGCCGAGCCAAUGUUUGGACCACAGCAUUACGUGUGUUUAAGAGACCCAGUUUUGCAGAAAGCUGUGACAAGCUCUAUGUCACAUUUACAAGCGAUGAACAUGAUGCUGUGGAAGAUGCUGCUGACCUUGGGGGUCCCAGACGAGAGUUUUUCCGCUUACUGGUGAAGGCUAUCUUCCAGGACAGUGGAGCUUUUGAAGGCACACCAAAUGGAUGCACACCAAGACUGAACAUGUUCCACUUGCAAAACGGAGUGUAUCGAACCAUUGGCAGGUAGUGGUGGGCAGAGCGAGGCUUUGUGAAACACUGAAACAGUUGAAUCAAUUGUGCCGUAUGUUUCGAGGCUUCGAAACAUCAAUCCGAAACCGCCUCCACAGUGACACCUAGCGGUCGUUUGCAUGUCUUUACAUGAAGCAGCCUUGACAAGAUUUUAGACGAGCCCUGACAAAUUGUAUCCCACAUGUUGUUUAAUUGACACACAAGUGAUAGAAUGGGAGAGUGGAUAGUGCUCUCGACUCUCAUUCGUAGGUCUUAGGAUCGAACCUGGGAAAUGUA